ACAAGGAGACAACAGGUGGCACUUCACCCUCUGCCUAUACAUCUAAUUAAAAUGGAUAUAUUUUCUGGACACAUUCUGGUUACUAAAGAUGGUGAGAAGGUGGAUCCUGAGGAAGCUUUGCAGAAUAAAAUAGUUGGCUUGUUUUUCUCGGCGGCAUGGUGUUCACCCUGCAGGGACUUCACCCCUGUGUUGUGUGACUUUUACACUGAGCUGGUGGAAGAGGCUGACCAUCCUGCACCGUUUGAAAUUGUAUUCAUCUCUUCAGAUAGAAGUGCAGAAGACAUGGUGAAUUACAUGCACGACAUGCAUGGAGAAUGGCUGGCGUUACCCUGGCACGAUCCAUACAGACAUGAAUUGAAGAAUAAGUACAAAAUCACAGCUAUACCAAAACUGGUGAUUGUAAAACAAAAUGGAGAUGUGAUCACAGACAAGGGAAGAAAACAAAUACGAGAAAGAGGACUAGCUUGUUUCCGAACAUGGCUUGAAGUGGCAGAUAUCUUUCAGAACUUCACAUGCAAAUGAGGCAUACUGAUCUCUUAUUUUUCAAUA